AUGAGAUGGGUAGCCUACCAAGCACUCUGCUAUGCUGUGAUUGGCGUUCUGGUCCUACUCCAGAGCCGGGCGGCCGCAGUGGCAGUGCGACCCCCGAACCAGUCACGCAAGACCCUCCUGGAUACGCCAAUCUCCCCCGAUACGCAUGGUUCAAAAGCCACCACGUCCCGGAGGAAGUCCUUCAGUGCCAGCACGAUUUCUCGCCAGAACAGCCCUGCUAUUGCGACCAAUGGACUCGUUCGCGGCACUGGCGAAUCGUCCAGCACCUGGAUGACGCGCAUGAUCCGGAAAUUCAGUCAGCGGCCAACCACACCAGACAAGGAAACGGGUGCAUCAAUCCGCGCCUCAACCCCAAGCAAACGGGCAGCUUACGACGGUAGCGUGGAGCGUCAGGCGGCUCCUGCGGAACGCUUCCUUCGAGAGGACAUGCGGCUACCCACCACAGGUCUAUACGAGAUGUAUGAGAACAACCACCAGCAAGUUGCAGUCAUAGGAAUAAUAGACGGAGAUGGUCCGGAACUUCGCGCCCUGGAAGAGGCAGCAAACGACCUCAUGGGUACCGAGAUCACUGAGGGUUUUACGGCGACACCCACCGACUCUGUUUGGACCCCCUAUGACAAUGGGGAGAUCCGCGUCAGGGUGACAUUCCAGUACAGACUCGGGGAUCCCUUGACUCCCAUUGCCAUGACACGCCAAACUCUUGCUGGAUACGUCUGGAUGGCGUACGGGCAUCGCAUGCGAGCGAACGCGGACGCCGGUCCGGGCGGAGGCAACAGCGUACUCACCCUGCCACAUUUCGCAAUCGACAUCUAUGCGUACCCAGCCCCGCCACCGCCGUACACGCCACCUCCCCUCUUACCGGACCUCCCAGAUGACCAAACCGACAUAUUCCGACGAAGCCAGAAUGCCCGGCCCUGGUUCUUGCCAGUUGAGAACUGUGGCCCGUUUUCCAAGCGGUCAACCACCCCGUCGCCCCCUCCCGCAAAGCGGUGUGUUCGGAAAUGCAAACACCGCCAGAAUGGGCGCUGCAAUGGCGACGAUGGCACCACAGACGAGGGGCCGGUGUUCACGAACGACGUUCCGAGGCGCGACAACGAGAGUACAUGGAUCGACCCGGCUACAGGCUGGCAAGCAGUGCAGAUCUCUCACGCCGCCAAGGGAUUCGGAUACAACAUCUCUCAGGCCAACGACUACCUCGCAGUUUUGCCUUGCAACAAGGUCGAUUACUGGGCACAGCGGAUGGCAAAGGGAGACUGCGGUGACGACGGAGCAGAGGCCAUUGCCGGUAUGUGGUUCGACGUUCACAGCCCCACAAAGGCUCAGCAAGACGACGCCCUUGCCAUGCUGGUCGCCGAACAUGCCUCCAAUACCGGUACGUAG